AUGGGUUUCACUGCCAGAUUAAUAAUAUUUCAGCUAUUCUAAGCAUGUUUUAGCUUCAGAUCUUUUCAAACUGAAUUCAAUAAGGAGAUAUUUUAAAAAUCUUGUCCCGGCUAUCAGUAAUAUUGGCCAGAUAUUUAUCCCCAUAUGUGUGCAGGUAGUUUAGUUAUAAAAUUUAAGGUAUUCCAAGGGAAUGUUAUAAUACUAAUGAACUCAGACAAAUUAUAUUUAACAAUUAUGAAGUUCUAUGCCAUCCAUAGAUAAAAGGGUAUAUCCUAUAUUGGAAUUACGAUACUCAUUUACUUCUCGGAUGGUGGCCAUAUGUUAUGAUAUACUCACAUGAUCCAAAUGGAAAUUUAAUUUUUACAACUGAAGCAAUAUCUAUAUUGUAUGGUUAUGGUUGUUUAAUCGGAUAAAAGUAUUCUAAUAUAUACAAAUGCAUAUAUUGUGCUGGCUUCAAUUAUGGCCAGAAUUGUGCUUCGUCUUCAUAUCCUCGAGGUAAAUUAUGAUUGUAAUAUAAAGCUUGUGGUCAAUAUUGCAAAACGUGUGAUGCAACCAAUACAUAAUGUGCCACUUGUAUACCUGGUUAGUCUCCAUUAGAUAGCAAUGACCUAAAAUGCACAUUAAGUAACUAUAAUUAUUAUUUAAAGCCUGUGAACCAGGUCAUAAAACCUGUUAAUAUAUAGAUUCUAUCUAUUCUUUUAAUGAAUGUAUAGAUGGUUACGAGUUUUUAGAUUAAUAAUGCGUUUGUAUGAUUUGUAUCAAAAUUAUAGAAUGUCCAAUUAAUUGUAAAGUCUGUUCUUCUGGAAUAUGUACAUAAUGUAAGUGGCCUUACACUUUAAAAAAGUCUUUGUGUUUUGAAGAUAGAAAUUGCAUGCAAUAUGAUUAUAUUUAUGAUUCUAAUGGAGACCCCAUUGGAACAGAUUGCAAAUAAUGUGAUGUUGGAUAUUUUAAAAAAGGAACUCGAUGUUCUUGUAAUAAUAUAAUUUAUAAUUAGCUUGUUAAAAUGAACCAGGGUUAGAGAAAUGCUUUAUUUGUCAUAAUGCAAACGAAUGCAAAAGUUGUUUUGCAACACACUAUUUAACUGCAGAUAAAAAGUGUGCACCUUCUACAGUUGGAUGCAAUUCUCCAUGUCAAACUUGUUUAGUAACAGAUCCAAAUUAUUGUACAACCUGUUAUUAUCAAUAUAAACUAACGGCAAGAAUUAUCCCUGGUUAAUGUGUUUGUGAUUAAAUUGAAGGAUAUGCACAAUUAAAUGGAAAUUGCGUUUUAUGUACCACUGGAGAUUGUUAAACAUGUACUUUAACAUUUGGAGAUUGCACUUCAUGUGACCCAUUAAGAAAUAGAUCACUAAUUGGAAAUACUUGUCCUUGUAAUUAAGGAUAUUAUGAUACAGGAUUAUAGGAUAAGAUUUGCUAAUGUAAUGAAAAAUAUACUAAUGUAGAAUGUUAUGCUUCAUGUUAUAAUUGUUCUGGACCAUUUGAUAGUGAUUGUACUGAUUGUGGUGAUCCAAAUAUUUAUCACAAAUAGUUAGUUAAUGGUAAAUGUAUUUGUGCCUUAAGAACAAUUGAAAUUAUCUAAAAUGAUGGGUCAACAUUAUGUCAAUGUAAGAAUACUAUAAACAAUCUAGCUUGUCACACAAGAUGUGAGAAAUGCCAAUUACCAGCUGACAAUACAUUAAAUUAAUAUUGUACAAUGUGUAUAGCAGAACAAAAUAGAGUUGUAUCUGAUGAUUUGAAAUGUAUUUGUAGAAGCGAAUAUGGAGAAGACGGAAUUCAGGAUGUUUGUUUUAGUAUAUCUUCAAAAUUAAUUCUAAGAAUGCCAUUAUUCUUGUCUUAGAUGCAAUGGACCAUCAUAAUAUAAUUGUACAGAAUGUUCUAUUGAAAAUCAUCGUUAUUUAACUUCAGGCGAUGAAUGUUUAUGUUCCCCAGCUUAUUAUGAUUCUGGGAGAAACGAAGUAUUUUGCUAUUGUAACAAUGAAAAUAAAAUUUAGUGUCUUGUCAUCAUUCAUGUACUAACUGUCUUACUGCUGAAGUAGAUUCUUGUACAACUUGUCCUUCAACAAGAGGACCAGACGGUACAGGUCCAACAUUUAAGUGUUUAUGCAAGGAUUCCCACUAUUAUAGUGAUGAAUCCUAAUUAGAAUGUUUGGAAUGCCAUUUUUCUUGUAAAACAUGCAAUGGAAGUGGAAAUACGAAUUGUUUAACUUGUGACUUGAACUACAGAUAAUUAAUAUAAUCGAAAUGUGAUUGUCCUUAUGAGUACUAUGAUGUAGGUCAAUUACAUUGUCAAAGUAAAAAUAAUGAUAAUUAUAAGAAUGCCAUUACACAUGUAAAACCUGUUUUGAUUUUCAAUUCAAUAAUUGUAUCACUUGUUCAAUUGAAAACAAUAGAAUAAUUAAAGGAAAUUUAUGCCUAUGUAAAGAUGGGUAUUUAGAAAAAUAAAUAGGAAGCUAGAUGUGUAUAAGUAAUCAAAUAUAAAUGAAUUAUAGAAUGCUCAUAUCGAUGUGCUUCAUGUAGUGGAACAAUAAAUAAUUGUAAUACUUGUCCAGAUUUCUCAUUUCGAAAUCUUGGAGUUGACAAUUCUUGCUCUUGUCCCUCAUAAUACUUUGAUUAACCUGAAAAUCCAAUAUGUACUGGUAAAUAUUUCAAUUCAAUUUAGCUUGCCAUAACACUUGCUAGACAUGUAUUGGAAGUUAAUCAAAUUAAUGCACAACUUGUGAUAUAUCAAUUGGAAGACAAUUAAAUAAUUAGGGCGAGUGUAAGUGUGCUUCAAAAUAUUUUGAUGCCGGACUUGCAGAAUGUUAAGGUAUGAAUCCAUUACUUUUUUUAGCUUGCAGUAAUCUUUGUAUUGAGUGCAAUACCUCCUCAACCAAUUGUACCUCUUGUCAAGCAGAAAAAUAUUUAAAUGGAACCACCUGUUAAUGCAAAACUAAACUUUAAGGCUUAUCAGUAUCUACAUAUUAAAAUUAAUAAAUUUGUUCAUGUAGUCAUCUCAAUUUAAAAAUAGCUUGUCAUUACUCUUGUUUGAGUUGCAAGGGACGUUUCUCUUCAGAUUGUAAUUCUUGUUGGGACUAAGAUAUGAGAAACCUAUCAGGUACAACCUGUAUUUGUUAGCCCGGUUACUUUGAUGCAGGGAUAUCUAAAUGCUCUUGUACUAUUUAGAGUUUAUAAUAGAAUGCAAUUUUAGUUGUGAAACUUGUGCAGUUUUAAAUACUUAAUGCUUGUCUUGCCCUUCUUAAAGUUUAAGAGUAUUAAAACAAUUCUAAUGUUUAUGCCAAUCAGGCUAUUACAGUGAUGGAAUUAAUAUAAUUUGCUAGAGUAUAUAUAAAAUUAAGUUUUAGAAUGCCAUUAUUCUUGUAUGACUUGUUAUCAAUUAGCUACAAAAUGUGAUACAUGUUCAGCCACAGCUAAAAGAUAAUUCAACAGCAUUCUAAACUCUUGUUUUUGCAAUGAUUAUUAUUAUGACAAAGGAGUGGAGGUUUGUGAAAAAUGUCAUUAUUCCUGUUUUAAUUGCUAAGGUUAAGAUUCAAAUUAAUGCACAACCUGCAUAGAUUCAAAUAUUUCUUUUAGGGUUUAUAACGGUGGAACUUGUUAAUGCUUAAUGGGGUAUUAUGACGAUGGAUCAUCAGUCAAUUGUAAGAAAUGCUUUAUCAAAUGUGCUACUUGUUAGAUCUAAUCAAUUUAUUGUACUUCAUGUCCAUUUACAAGGCAUUUGAAUGGGAAUUAAUGUGAUUGUGAUUAUGGUUAUUAUGAAACUGGACAAGAAAAGUGUUCUAAGUGUGAUCAGAGUUGUAUAAAUUGUAUUAUUAAUUCUAUUACAUGUACUGAUUGUGAUUAAUCAUAAUUACGAGUUUUAAACAAUUUAACUCUAAAAUGCUAGUGCUAAAAUGGCACAACUGAAAUUAAUGGAGUUUGUUAAUACUGUGAUAUUUCUUGUAAAACAUGUUUAAACACUGUGAUUAAUUGUACAUCUUGUGGUUCAAUGAAAAAAUUAUAAAACAGUACCUGCAUAUGCAUUGAAGGCACAUAUGAAAUAGAGGUCAAUAAAUAAUGUUUGUUAUGUGAUCAAACAUGUAAGACAUGCAUCAAUCAAGCAAAUUAUUGUUUAACUUGUUCAGAAGAAAAUUUUAGAAUACUUAAUCCUGAAAAUAUAUGUAUUUGUAAGUAAGGAUAUUUUGAGGAUUCUUUUAAUUAAUGUAUUUAAUGUCAUCAAUCUUGUCUCACUUGUUAAGGCAAUUCUAAAUUUUGUUUAUCUUGCGAUCCUGCACUUUACUUAUAAUUAAACUAUUUAAAUUAAUGUAUUUGCUCUUCUAGUUAUUAUUUUAAUACUUCAAUUAAGAAAUGUGAAGGUAUUUCAUUUUAUAUUAUUAAUCGUAGCAUGUGAUGUAUCAUGUAAAGAAUGUUAAAGUGUAUCAUAAUGCAUUGAAUGUGAACCUAUAACUAGGUAUUAUGAUGGAGAUACUUUUAAAUGUUAAUGUAAAUAAGGAUUUUAUGAAACCUAUCAAAGAACUUGUUAAUGUAAUGAUUAAAUAUAUUGUAGAAUGUGACAUAACUUGUAAGGCAUGUAUAAACUAAUCAACCAAAUGCUUAACAUGUGAAUCUCAGUAUUUUAGAAUUUUUAAUAAUUCUAACAAAUGUCUUUGCUUAGAAGGCUACUUUGAUGUUGGGAUUGAAAUGUGUCAAAAAUGCCACGAUUUAUGUAAAACUUGCUAAUCAUAAGCUUCAUUUUGUAUGUCUUGUUAUGAGACUGAAUAAAACAGAAUAUUAUAAAAUAAUACCUGCAUAUGUAAAACUGGAUAUUUUGAUAAUGAAUAUCUGAUUUGUGAAUGUAAAAAUCUCUAUUUAUUUUCAUAGAAUGCUCAAAAGCUUGUUUAACCUGUUAAGGUAAAAGUGAUUAUUGUACAAGUUGUGAUGUCAAUAUGAAUAGAAUUGAUUAAUCUGUAAUUCAUAAAUGCCCUUGUUAAACCAAUUUUUUUUAAGAUGAAAAUGAAAUGUGUCAAAGUAUAUUUAUAAAAGAUCUAAUUCUAGAGUGUCAUAUUAAGUGUUAUGGAUGUAUAUAAAAGUCUGAUAAAUGCAUAAGUUGCAAGCCUUCCAAUACAUCUAAUAGAUUAACUAUUACUUAAAAUUGUGACUGUAAAGAAGGCUAUUAUGAUGAUGGAAUAUAAUUCUAAUGCUAGAGAUGCAGUUAUUAAUGUAAGACUUGCAUUUAAUCACCAUCAAACUGUUUAACAUGUUUUGGCAAUUUGAGAGAAGGAGUUCCUGCUUGUAAUUGUAAAAUAGGGUUUUUUAUAGCUCAAUAUUAGACUUGUGAACGUAUAUAUAUUGAAAUUUAUUUAGUAUGUGAUAAUAAAUGCAGUACAUGUGAGAAAACCCCAUCAAAUUGCACUAUCUGCAAAGGGAAUAGAAUAAACAAAUCGUGUGAUUGUUUAGAGGGAUAUUUCGAAGCUGGAUAACAAGAUUGUAUUUGUAAUAACAAUUUAUAAUAAUUUUAGAAUGUGAUUUUUAGUGCAUGACUUGCAGUGGAAACUAAUCCCGUUGCUUGUUUUGUAGAGGAGAUCGUACGAAUCUUCCUAUUUGCAAUUGUUAAGAUGGGUCUUAUGAUGAUUAUCAAAGUUUUAACUGCCUUAAAUGUGGCCAAUAUUGUAAAACAUGCAAUCUAGAGGGUUGUUUAACAUGCAAUGGAAAUAGAGCUUUAUCAGAUGAAAAAACUUGUGAUUGCCCUUUGGGGUCAAUUGAGCAUACAGAUUCUAUAUGGUGUUCAGGUAUAUGAAUAUAUUUACUCGACAUAGAUUGUGAAGUUGCUGUCUUAGAUAUUAGAUUUUCUGAUGAUUUACUUUAAAUCUAAAUAUCAUUUGAUUUUUCUUUAAAUCAAAUUUACUUUUAAUCGUAAUUUUAAGAGAAUAUUUGUUUGAAAUUUCUAGCUGAUGAAACUAUUAAAAAAUUAGGAAAUAAUCCAAAUUGCUACUUAGAUUCGGAAGAUGAGAAAUAAAUUAUAUUAUAAUUAGGUUCUAAUCCUACGAUACUUCCAGGGGAUUCAAUUAUAUUUAUUAAUUACUCUAUUGGUCAUAAUGAUUGCUAAAAUAAAUUAGGAUAUUUUGUUUUAAAUCAAAUAAAACUUCCUAUUAAUCUGAUAUAACCAACAAUCGAGUAUGAGAUACCUCAAUAUUUGCUGAAUCCAUGUGAUGAUAAUAUUAUUUUGAUUAGGUCAAAAAGUCGACAUGGUCUUCGAAGCAUGAGAAGCAUAACUUGGACAUACUUACUAAAAGGAUAAAAUGGAAAUGCUAAUUUAGAAGAAUUUGUUUUAUCACAAACAAUCCUAUAAUAAUUGGAUUUAAAUAUUCCAUUACAAACUCUCCCAAAAUAAUCUUAAGUGACUUUUGUUGUUGAAUUUCAAAAUUUUAUAAAAUUAAAAGGAAAAUAGCAAAUUCAAGUUUAAACUCAUUCAGGGUAAUUACCAACCAUUCUUUGGCAAGGAAAGAAAUAAAUGUAUACUUUUGAAAUAAUUUCACUAUAUUUUAAAAUUUAGAAAAAAGUUUGUUCUGAUUCAGAAGAAAUUAAGAAUGGUUUCUCUUAAUAUGAAGUACAAUUACUCGAAAUUAAUAAAAAUAUUUCAAAUUCUAGGCCAUCUAGAGUAAAUGUCUCUUAAACAGUAAGUGAUAAUUAUUUUGAAGCCAAGAUAGAAUAAUAUACGUUAUCACCUUAGACAGCAUAUACUUUUAAAAUGGAUGUUCAUGAGACUCAAACCAAUUUUUCAUCUUCCUAAAAUAUAAAAAUUGAAAUACUGCAAGGAGGUCUACAAUGCUAGUUUAAUGACACAAAAAGACUUUAAAAUUAUAGAAAAGACUUGAUUAUCAAUAUUUAUUGCAAAGAUCUUGAUACCUAAUAUCAAUGGAAUGAAGAUCCGGAAAUUAAAAUAGAAGUUAGCUGUGCUGAUUUAACAAAAAAUCAUUUUUGUACAAAUUCUAAUAAUAAUAAAAUAUUUUAAAUAAAUAAAACAGACUCUGUUCAAAUUGUUCCAAAACAAACAGUCAAACCAUAUAGUAUAUGGGGUUGGAAUGUUAUUGCAUCCAAAAAAGGGCGUUAAUAUUCAUUUAAAUAUAACGUAGUGUUUUUAGAGAAUGAUUUUAAAACUCUUGAUGUUUCAUAUAGUAAAGGUUAUACAAUUAGAUCAAUUAAUAGUUAUGAAACAUUACAAUUUGAUUUUAAUAUUCCUUUUGAAGAUAGAUAGUAUUUAUUACAAUAUCAAAUUGCUAUAAUUUAUAACUUUGAAGUUUUAAAGAUACUAGAGCCUUAAUAGUAUUCUUAUUGUUUUCGGUUGUUUGAUCAUUAUUAAUAGUUUAAUAAAGGAAACUAAUUUAAUUUAAAAUUUCUAGCUUAAUUUACAAAUGAUAUACUACCUAGUCAAUAUGAUUUAUCAUUAAAUUUAAACUAGCCUCCUAUUUGCUAGGUUAAGUUAGGUUCAAAAACCAUCUAAGCCUUAUAAACAUCAAAAAUUGCAGCAAAUUGUGAAAUGUAAGAAGACUCCACAUUUACAUACUAAUAUAGAUUCUUUUUAAAUAUAGAGGACUACAAGGAUUUUUAAAAGUAACAUUCAGAUUUUUCUUUGAUUCUUAAUUGUUUUUAAUAAUCUAAUGUUUUUGAAAUAUAUUUGCCUAAUAGUUAAGGAGUUGUUUUAAUUUAGAUUAUGGAUUCAAAAGGAUCAAUUACAAAUAUUGAAUCGUAUUUAAAUGUUACCGAAUAUAAAUUAAAUUGUUCUGAUUUUGUCAUUAGCAAUUUAAAAUAUAAGUAGCAAAUUAUUUUACUUUUAGAAGUUUUGAUGAACCAUUAUGAAUAAUCUGAUUGUGUUUAAUAUUCUGAAAAAUUAUUCAAAUAGGCAAUGAGCCUUAUCGAUUCAGAUGACUUAUUUGAUUAAUUAUUGGCCCUUUAAACCAUAAAAUUAUAUAAAAGAUCUAUUAUUAAUUUCAAAAAUUUAAAUUCCUCUAAAAGAAACCUAGCUGAAAUUGACUAAAAAAGUUGCUAUGAUAAUCAGACAAAACUAAUAUUAUUUAACCAUCCUUAAAUUUAAAAUGAUACCUCAUAUAACAUUAUAACUGUUACAAAAGAAUUUAAUAGGAUAAAAAAUUUCGCAAAAAAAAUGAUCCUGGCAAAAUCAAAUUUAGAAAAUCAAAUCUAAUAAGAUGAAAUUUUUAUGAAUGAACUAUUAUUUCAAUAUAAGUAAUCCAUUUCCAAUUCAUUGGAUUCUAUUAUGCAAUAGGUAGAUGAUCUAUUAACCAAAAUACCUUUGAUUUCCUUUAGAUCUGAUAAUAAUGAAGAUUAAAUAAUUUCACUAGUAGAAAAUUUACUCUAUCUAAUCAAUGAUAUUGCGAUUCAUGAAAGUGAAUAAGUAGAAGUAAAUGGCUAAUAAUUUACUCUAAAUGGCUCAUAUUUAAAAUAUCAAAUCGCUAAAAUAACCAAAAAUAUUUUUAAUUAAUAAUUAGGUCUAGAAAACGAUUUGAUGGAUAGCUUGAUAGUAUUUGUCUAAAAAGAACAGUUGGAGAUUCAUUUCAAUUAUUUAAAUAUCUCUAAAAAGCACAUAGAUGAAUUAAAAAUCUUUUUGAAUUCAUCUCAAUUGGAAAUUGAUCAACAAUUCUACUCAAAAACAAAAGUAUAAAACUAUCUUUACAAAAAAUCAUAUAUUAAUUAUGAAUAAUUAAAUACUAAUUAUGUUGUUGAUAUGACUCAAUACUUUUACUGCAAUGAAACAAAUUUACCUGCAUAUAAUUUCUAAUGUGUUUAGUAUUCUAAUAAUGGAUAACUCUAUUUGUGUGACCUAUUAAUUUAAGAAAAUAAUCUUAAACAGUAUAUUUAAGUUUCUUGUUAAUGUUAAUAUUUGGGAACUAUAUUUUUAACUAGAUAAUUAAUUGAAAUCGAAAACACAACAGAAACUUUCUCAUUUUCUUCCAUUUCGUAAAAUAGUGAUGCUAAUUGCGAUUUACAUAAUUAACCUUUUCUAUUAUUUCAUGGUAUUUACAUUAUCUUUUCAAUAUUCAUGUAUUAUGAGUUGCAAAAAUUAGAAUUGUUAAAGAGUAUUGAUUCAACUCCCUUCAAGAAGAUUUAAAAAUAGAUUGUCAUAAGAUUCUAUAAUUUUCAAAACAUUUUAAGAAUUUAUAUAAAGUCUGUAAAAGUAAGAAUUAAAUUGUAUUAUUAGUUUAUUCAUGAAAUUAUUUGUUUAUUUUAUAGUGAGGACCAAACAAUUACAAGAAGUUAUCGAUUCCUUAAGUUUUCUAUUUUUUUAAGUAUAUUAAUCCCAUUAUCAUUUUUUGAAACUAUUUUUAUGGGAAAAGAGACUUUUACUAUUUUUUUGAUUAUCAAUUAUUCACUGUUGUUGUUUUUAAGAAUGAUCUUUAAGAUAUUUGAAGCAAUUUAUAGAUUUAAAGGAACAUGCAAGUCCUUCGUAAUAAUAUCGUAUAUCGUCAUCCAUUUUUCAUCAUACUAUUUAUUAAUUUAUCAAAUCAAGUAAAUAUUAAAAUUUAUGUAGAAAUAAAUGCAACACAGAGUUUAAUUACAAUAUGUUAAUUUUAAUAGGAAACACAAUCAUAUUGAGUUAUGCAUUUUUAGAUCUAAUUUUGAUUUUUCUAAGAAUCCUCCUUUACGUUUCUAUUGCUACAAUAAUAAAAAUAUACUAAUUAGAUCCAUUAAAAUAAUUUAUCUAUUUUUUUAUUUAGUAAUAUAAAUUGGAUCAAAUAUUUUUGGACGGAAUUGACUUUUGA